UUUGUCAUUCUACUUGAAAACGUCGAGAGAGACACAACAACGACGACUCAGCGCGAGCUACCCCCGAUACUCGCGAUAUCGAAUACUCAUACAUACGUUACCUACCGCUCAAUCGUCGUCGGGAAAAGAACGCAAAACAUUGUGAAAAUAAAAAAAACGCAUUUUUACCGUGCAUCAUCAAUUCGAUUUCGUAACAUUGUAAGAAUUUAAGAAAUUCUUACAUCAGCGCUAUUUCGUAGUGUUGUGAAUUAAAAAUUUGCUUAAUUUUCAUGUACGCAAUUGUUACAAAAUAAGUGCAGAACGAAGCAACGCUGUUGGUAAAACAUACGAAACACAUUUACUCUGAGAAAUUAUCUUGUCGGAAGACGACGCCAAAGAAUUUAGAAAUAAUAUUUUUAAACUCUCCAAAGUGAUUAUUAGUUAAAAACGUUUCUUCGCCUAAAUUGGACUGGUAUUGUGUUAAACACAGAGUUAGUUCGAAAUCGUAGAAUAAUACACGAUGGAAAGGAAUUCGUCUAGCAUAGCGGCCACGUCUAACGCUACUGCAGCUAUUAAAGCAGUAUACUCAACGUCACCACUUUCAAUUGUUUCGGAUAGUGCAUCAACAACCCCGCAUUCCAGUAGAGGAUUAGUAGGAGCCAGCAAUUAUCCAAGUACAGCAUCAUCUGUCCUGGCUACACCAAAGAAACAGUCCAUGGACGCAACAAUGUUACAGACAAUAAGAAAGAAACUUCUGACACCUGGAGGAGCAUUUGAGUUGCAGUCGUUACGUUUAGACUUUAAAAUGGAUUCGGCUGUAAAUGUGGUGAAUGACAAAUAUUUAAUAUGUGCCAAGCCCAAACACAUGCCUUCCGAUGGAUUUUCACGUCAUCUGGUUGAUAUGAAUAUGUCUAACCUUAAAUGCACCGACAUAUUCACUGGAGAACAAUUUACGUGCAAAGUUAUAAACGAGCCUCUGCAUAAAGUGCAACAGGCGUAUUUUAAGUUACAACAAGAGGUAGAUAAUCGCCGUAGUACCAUAUAUGGCCACCAACUUAUACGCGAUGUCAAAGACAUUGUUGCUUUAAAUAAGCAACGUACAUACAUCAUUCUUGCCCCCGUUCAAUCACAAUCUCCGUCGGAAGCUGCUGGUGCGAUAUAUGAAGACUUGCAUACAUACCUCCGUGAAAAGCAUCGUCUAUGUGAGACAGAAGCCCGUUCACUUUUUCACCAAAUCUGUGAAACAGUUCUUAUAUGCCACCGUAAUGGAAUUAUACUACGUGAUCUCAAGCUGCGCCGGUUUUUCUUCAUCGAUAAAGCACGCACAAAACUGCAAUAUGAAUCCUUAGAGGGUUCUAUGAUCCUCGAAAAUCCGCAUGACGAUACACUCAGCGAAAAGAUAGGAUGCCCUCUUUAUACUGCACCCGAAUUACUGUGCCCUGCGCCAAACUAUAGGGGUAAGCCGGCAGAUAUGUGGGCGUUAGGAGUCAUACUAUAUACAAUGCUUGUUGGGCACUAUCCGUUCUUUGUCAAGGGCAAUAGCAAUUUAAUUUCCAUUAUUCGGCAAUGUUUCGUUCAACUACCGGGUCAUCUUUCCAGAUCUGCCAGAUGGCUUCUAUUAGCUCUACUGCGCAAAAACAUAAGUGAUCGGGUACCGAUUGAGCAUAUAUUUCUAUCGCCCUGGUUGAAAGAACAAAGGGGCUUUCAUAUGUAUAUACCUAUCGAUGUUGAGAUUCCCGAUGAUGACAAUGGCGAAACCACAAGGAAGACAAUGGAGAAUUGCAUGGAUACUACGGAUGACCUUGAUGGAGUCGAACCCUUGGACUAUUCAUGCACCACACUUAGUGUAAAUUAUGGAUAUUCUUAUGCUGAAAUGGGUUGACACACAAAUGUAAUCUAAAAUAAACUAUCAAAGCUGGAAGCCGGUGCUCCUGGGAAUGCUGACUUUUAGAUGUGCUGGCGCACAUGCUUUGCUACAGUUCUUGUUUGUUUUCAGCACGCAACUACCGCGUAUCCUUUACUACCCAUUCAGACAUUAACUCAACAUCGGCUGGAAGAGGCUCGUCGUUGACCCACCUAUCAUAUCAAGAGAGUGUGAGACUGAGGUAUUGUAGAUAUACGACGUGCUUAAAGUACAAUGUAGUGAUCUACUUUCGCAGCGUUCAAACCGAAAUUAAAUUAAAACCAUAAAAUUGUUAUUAAAUGUUAUAUAGUUAAAUUCUCAACGUUGCCUUGAUUAUAUUGAAUAUAUUUAUAUAUGUACUUCCAUUAUAUCGCUUUAGUAAAAAACUACUUUUAUACGAGCUAAAACAAGAUUAAAAAUAAAGAAUAAUAUGAUCUCACUGUUGACAAUAAAUAA